CCAUGGAAUGACACCAAGCCAGUGGUAGCUAUGACUUUUGAUUGGGAGGAUACCACACACAGGAUGCAGGUUGUCAAUCUCCUGAUGAAUCUGCGUCAGACUAUGGAAGAGUUUCGUUUGGGGGUAGGUUACUAUACAGAUGAAGAGCAGGGAACAUCUAUUAUACAUUUUGAAAAAGCAUUAGAGGAAUAUUUUGCUGCUGACCAAGAAUGUCGUGCGUUAUGUGAGGGGCCCUAUGACUAUGAUGGUUACAACUAUAUGGAUUAUACAGCUGAUUUAUUCCUCAGCAUCACAGGUGCGUUAAAAAUGACUACUUAA